UCACAGUGUGAGACGGUCACACUACCUGAGUACCUUCCUUCACAGUGUGAGACGGUCACACUACGUGAGUACCUUCCUUCACAGUGUGAGACGGUCACACUACGUGAGUACCUUCCUUCACAGUGUGAGACGGACACACUACGUGAGUACCUUCCUUCACAGUGUGAGACGGUCACACUACCUGAGUACCUUCCUUCACAGUGUGAGACGGUCACACUACAUGAAGUCACCGACGACGUGUGUCCUGGUGGUGAUGCUGGUGGGAAGCAUCCUGGGGAAGUUGUCUCCUCCUGAGAGGUCCUAUAAGAUCCUGAUGCUCCUUCCAGUCUCCUCCAGGAGUCACAGGAACAUCUUCACGUCUCUGGCCGAGUCUCUUGCCGACCGUGGACACAAAAUAGUGAUGUUGAUCAACCAACCGAAGUCGUCGAGACAUCCUAACAUCGAAGAUGUCCCUCAUGGUCUCCCACACUACAGUGAGGAUAAUUUGAACUUUUUCGGCAAUAGGAAGGAUCCCAGUGCUGCCUUCGAGGCGUUGAAGGAUAUUCUGCUAGCUUUUGCUAGGGAGUUGUAUCAAGUCCCCGUGGUGAAGAAUCUUUAUAAUAGACGGAAGGAGUUUGAUGUCAUUAUAAUUGAUCUAAUGUUCAACGAGAUUGUUUAUCCUUUCCUGCACGAAGUCCCCUUCAUUACUCUUGCAACGUCGGGGGUGGAGCCACGCCAGAGUUCCGAUCUGGGCAACGUUCUCAACCCAGCCUAUGCUCCUCAUUUCUUGAAGGACUACCCAAGACCCAUGAGCCUCUGGCACCGCUUCCGCAAUGCCUUGGCACACACUAGUUAUUUGUUUCACUGGCGCAAAUGGUCAGUUGUGCCACUGAUUCAGAAAGAGAUCUCAGCACAGUUCCCGGAGCUGCCACUGUUGUUGGAUCUGGAGAGGAACGUGAGUUUAUCUCUGCUCAAUAGUCACUUUUCUAUCAGCACACCAUUGCCUCUCCUGCCCUCGCAGGUGGAGUUGGGCGCCAUGCACUGUCGUCCUGCCAGCAGUCUGUCUCAGGAAUUAGAAUCAUGGAUCACAGGAUCGGAAUCUUCUGGCGUGAUCUACUUUAGUUUGGGAACCUUUGCGAGCAGUGCCUCAAUGCCAGUCCAGUACCGCGACCUCUUCAUCCAGGCUUUCCGCAGGCUGCCACAACGAGUCCUCUGGAAAUACGAAGAAGAGCUUGAGGAAGUUCCUGACAACGUGAUGAUCAGAAAGUGGCUUCCCCAACAGGAUAUUCUCGGUCACAACAGCGUGAAGGUGUUCAUGACACACGGUGGCCUCCUGAGCAUGCAAGAAGCCAUCUACCACGCCAGGCCACUCCUCGCUGUCCCAAUCUUCGGUGACCAGCCCAAGCACGCCAUGUUCAUCAGGAACUCUGGUAUAGGUGACUUUUUGAUCUGGGAAGAACUUACUGUGGAUAUGAUAGUCGACGCUAUCACGGAAAUUCUUAAUAACCCUAAGUAUCAGGAAAACGUGUUGAGGAUGUCAGUGCUGCUGCGGGAUCAGCCUGUACCACCCAGGGAACUGGCAGUGUUCUGGACGGAGUACGUCAUCCGUCACAGAGGUGCUCCCCAGUUGAGGUCACCAGCGGCGCAGCUCUCCUGGGUGGAGUUCCUCAUGCUGGACGUGAUCUUCCUACUCUACCUGGCUCUGAUUGUCCUGAUAUUCAUUCUGCGUCACAUCUACCGAGUCAUCACUGCUAAACUCUUCAGCAGUGAAGGGAAAAUGAAGAACACUUAAAAAGACCUUUUAAUGUGGGCAGGAGUAGAUUGUAUUCAAUAUUAUACUGUGCAGCACCUCACUGAUACUUUUACCUAAUACUGAUCUGGCACCGGUAUACCAGAGUGCCAAUAAGUAUAGAAAACUAUGUAUUUUUACUGUAUCUUUAUAAUUAGUUACAGUGGUGCCUCGGGAUUCGAACAGUUCCCAACUCAAAGAAUUAUGUAAGUGUAUUUUUGUAAGUGGUUUUCUAAGUGUAUUUUUGGGGGUCUGAAACAGACUAUUCUACUUUACAUUAUUCCUUAUGGGAACAAAUUCGUUCAGUAUCGGCACUCGAACAGCCUUCUGGAAUGAAUACGGUGGUAAACCGAGGCACCACUGGACAUAUAAAUCCUGUCUCCGACACACAUAUUAAAA